AUGACAACGGGGGACCUGAACCGUAUCGCUGACAAAAACAUACGGCGACACGGGGCGGUUCCCACUUUCAUCGGUUACCAGGGAUUUCCGGCCGCUAUUUGCGCCUCGGUAAACGAAGAGAUCGUACAUGGAAUCCCAGGUAAACGCGUUCUGAAGGAAGGCGACAUCAUCAAAAUGGACGUUGGCGCCACCAUCGACGGUUUCAUCGGAGACGCCGCGAUAUCCGUGGCGGUGGGUGAAGCCAGCAUCGUCGCCCAACAGCUGAUGGCAGCGACUGAAGCCAGCCUCUACGCCGGUAUAGCAGCGGCACAGCCUGGAAACAGGAUAGGAGACAUCGGCGCCGCCGUGCAAGGAUUCGCAGAGCCCAGGGGAUACGGCGUAGUUCGCAGGUUUGUCGGCCACGGUGUCGGACGCUUUUUGCACGAGGACCCCCAGGUUCCCAAUUAUGGCGAAGCUGGCAAAGGCCAACUGCUGCGGCCCGGCAUGUGUAUCUGCAUCGAACCCAUGCUCAACCUGGGCACGCCCGAAGCCAUCAUUCUGGAAGACGACUGGACAGUUGUAACAGCAGACGGCGAACUGUCCGCCCACUUUGAACAUACAUUGGCAAUAACCGAAAACGGGCCCAAAAUCUUAACCGUUCACGACUAA